UCAACUUUUACUCCCCAAUUACUCGCUGUAUGAAUGCCGUCCCACUUUUGUGAGACGGUCUGAUCCACUGGAAUCUCGUAUCAUCUCCUUAUCCGCCGGUCUGCAUGCUGUACAGCACAUUGCUUCUACAGUCCUAUCUGAGGUCAUUGAAGAUGUCACUGCGAAAGGUGCAUCUGAGGGUGCGGUAUCAAGCGCUCAGAUGAAACUGGUUGUAGAGGAAGUUCGGUAAGUCAGCUCCUUUGGCAGGAACACAAUCACGACUUUUACUCAUAAUCUAUGCAGAUCAAUUUUGGAUGCUGUCAACGAUAAUAUCGCAACUGGCAUGCUGUUGCUCGCGACAUUGGAGCAAAAUCGAGUAAUGCCGGCUGUUCCUGGAUGGCUUGUUAUACCGGAUUCAUUCCCUGAUUCCGCGUAUCCCAAAGGCACGAAUGGUACUAGAAAAUUGAAGAGGCAGACCCCAAUGGACGGUAUGCCCGGGGCGGUAAAUCAGCCAAAUUUCGGUGUUUCAGAUCCUAAAACCGUACAUGGCCCUUUGCCCAAGCAUUCGCCGAACUCCACGAAGCAGGCGUCUGGCACCUGCCCCACGACGCCGCCUUCUCUUCAGGGGCGUGCACGAAAUCAGUGCAUGACCUCGAAGUCUACCUCUCUGUCUGUCCGUUCGGAAAGUAGUGUUGCUCUGACUAGGCACACUGCUCAUCGUCGUCACAUCAGUCAACACGCGUCAGCGCGGUUGCGCCCAAAGUUCACGUCCACGUCCGUUCAACCUUAUCUGGAUCAUUUGCAAUGUGCAGUUGAAUCCAUCAGAAAGACUGUCGAAUUGGUCGUGAACAAUUACGUCUCUUACUCUGAUGCGCCCGGUCUGAUAUACAUGGCACUUGUCACAGACUGCGCCAACGCCACUGAAAGAUUCCACUCAUGGGCCGCGACCGCCAAAGGAUACGAAGCGUUGAUCUCAUACCAACGCAUAGUCAUUGUAGACGGAAAGAAGCCUGUUGGUAUGACCGAUGAUCAGCUCGCGAUCGCACUCGGCAAGUUCUCCGCCCAUGGCUUGGAAUCUGCUGGCGAAGCUGUUGUUCGCAAAGCAACUCUUGGCUAUCGACUUCCUCAGCUUGAAGUAUCCUCGGAGUUGGAGGCGAGUUUUGGUUCCUCCAUUCAGGCGACAUCUACUGCAGUCCCGUCGCAAAUCAAGCGAAGCCACAAAGGCCAGUUUGAAGAAUGCAUGGAAGACGCCGAGGAAGACGCCAAGUCUUCAGAGCAAAAGGGUCCUCGCUUCUUGAGGUUCAUGGCACGUAACCAACUGGCGACCUAUACCAGAAACCCGCCGUCGCACCCAGCAGAUAAUUCUGUGGCUGUGUUUACCGACGCUGUUUCUCGUCGGAAACAUUGCAAGCGCAUGGUUAAGCACUCCUAUUCGCUUUUCCUUACUAUAUUGGGAAGUGUUGUCGCGCUCGUUCUGGCAUGCGUGUGUUACGCGCUGUAUCGUCAUAAACGGUCCGUAAGUGAGCACAAUGGCCAAAAUCGCGGAAUUCGUCGCCGGCUGAGAAGGAGCGUCAAUUUCAAUGAUGACCCCACUCACCACCACCAGCCUGCGUGGUUCAUCAUAUGGCUGUACUAUUACCUUUUCCCGCCGACCCGAGCCAACCGCCAACGCCAGGCACGUCCUGUUGGUAUUUUGAAGCGACGCGUCGCGCCGAACCUUCCUAUUGCGGCACCGGCGGCAGCUCUGAAGGAGAUUGCUGCACGUGACCCAGCCCAGGCCCUUCAUCGUAUGAAUGAUUCUGAUACAGAGUCCUCUGGUGACGAGCUUGGUGAAUGCGCUGUCACCAGCUCGCCUUCCCCUGCGGGAUCUUCAGUGUCUUCGUUGGCUUCUUCUGGUUCGGUUAUUCGAUAUCCUCAGUUGCAUCCCAGGAUCGAGGACUCUAGAUUUCCUAGAACCCGCAUCCCAACGCCUCCGACUCGCCCCGCGCCGGUUGUUCCGGCAAAGGAAAAGACUCCUGCAAUCUCACUUGCUCCGAUUGCAGAUCUUCCUGCAACUCCCGAACGGAAGAACCUGCGCGAACCCGUCGUGUUCUCUCCCGCAACCUGUGCUGCGGCUGAUGCCCUGGUUUCGUUGGCGUUGGCUGCGCCUCAUCCGCGUGAUCAGCGGCCCAAGUCUCGUCUGCCACUCCCAGUUAUCUCGAGCUCUCGCGAGCACUUGACCUCUUCUCAAUUGGCACGCUCGCAGUCGCAAGAAGAUGUAGCUGCCUCGACCUCUGGCGCUCCUUCUGUUCCGGCCCCGGCGGCUAUUGGUAUUUCUGCAUUGGCUACUAAACCUGCUAGCACCAUGCACCGGAGAGCUUCUAAUUCCUCAUCUAUAUCUUCGAAUAGGUCUUCAAUUGGGUCUGCCUCUAGCAAGCCUCUUGAAAUCAAGAUGAAGAAGAGGCGAUCGCCGCUUGGCGAGGUCUCCUCCACGGCCGCGGUUCGAAAUGCCGCUGUUCCAAGUUCUCGGCGUGCUUCAUCGUCGUCUGCAAUUUCAAUUACUCCCGCGUCUUCGCCCCGCCCUGCUGCGAUGACGUUCUUCCCUAGAAUUGCCUCCCCGCUUGUUGUCUCACCCCGAGUUGGUUCAUCCCCUUCGGUCACUUCCCCCCGCACAGUGUCUGGUAAUCCCGGCACAGGUGCUACUUCCCCCUUCAAUCGCAGAGUUUCGAGUGCAUUUACUAUUGCCUCUGAUUCUGGAAGCCCCAGGCUGAAGGAGGGAGCAAGCUCCAAGACCGCAACACCCAAGAGCAAAGGCGUGACUCCGAAGAGCACUAAAUCCCCCGUUGAAGCGAAGGUCAAGCGCGUCCAAUCUAUUUCUUCCUCUUCUUCGAAUACCCCUUCAACCUCUAGUGGCGCCGGACACACCCCCGAAGAGCUCGCCUCGCUCGGAGUGCACGUUGUCGAUUUUGCGGAACCUCAUUUCAAGGUGGCUUCUUCGCCUAGUAAGAAGGCUGGAAACGACCAGUCUGCUUCGCGCAAGACUUCUACCAGUUCUUUGGAUGACUGGUCUUGAUAGCUUUUAGCUUUCCUGCCUUGUUUUGGUCGUUUAGAUUAGAUUUCUUUUCA